UCGCCCGACUUCUUUUAUUUUCUCACUUCUCAUCGGUCUCUCUCCUUCUCUCUCUCCGUCCUUGUCUGAUGUCUACUUACUCUCAAAUGGAGAAUUUUUCUGCUGAUUUUUGACUGCAUAUUAACCCAUUCGCGCACGGUGUAUUUCGUAAGCUUGAUUCGGGAAAUGAGCAGAGGUCAGCAGCCGGAGCCUCUAGAUUUCUUUAUCUGGACUGUUGAGGAUGUUGGCUUAUGGUUGGAAAAGAUAAAUCUUGGUAGUUACCGUCAAAUCUUUAAAGAAAAUGGUGUUAAUGGAGAAUACCUGGAAGGAAUGUCAAUGUUCACUACAGAGCAGAUUCUUCGCUUCAUAAGACGGUGCCACAUGAAGUGGGGAGACUUCAUUACAUUGUGCAAGGAAUUGAGGCAGAUCAAAGUGGCUUGUCUUAAAGGGGAGCAAAAGGUUCGCCGGCCAUGGUGGGCACCAUCUUGCCUUUCUGUAGUGUUUGUAAAGGCUGCAAAACGCAACAGACAAUCACGAGUCGUUUCCUUGAAGCUGGAACCAUAGUAGAACCUCUGCUUAUAUGUACGUAUAGCAAAUAUCUUUUUUUCUUUAGAAAACAUAAAUUAGGAAAGGACUUGGUUGAAGCUUUUGUUUUGUCUCUUCUUUUGUUUCCGUUUUGGUGUCUAAAUUCACAAGAGGGUCGUUCCUUCUCCUCUGGAGAACGAUCUUAUAUACAGGGUCUCUGUGGUCUAAUCUUUUUCCUGUUGUUGUAAUUAAUAUUCCCUGCAAUGUGAACGAAAAUAUGAUAUAUAUGUGGGUUCUGAUUAGUUUGAAGUGCUGCUUUAUGU